AUGGCAAACACACCCAAGUCUGGAGAAUCAAGUCAUAUUGAUAUGACAAAACUGAUUUCUGAAAUGUCAAAGCUUGCCUCACCCCCAUUCUCAUUCCCAUCCUUGCCCACCUCUUUCAACAUCUCAUCUCUGUUCCCAAUUCCCAUGGACAGAACCAACUAUUUGAGUUGGAAAUCACAAUUUGAAGACGUAUUGGAGAUGCAUGGCCUUGCAGAGGUCAUCAAGAAAACCACAGACCCACCCAAAGUACAAGAAGAUGGCUCUGUGCAUCCUGAGUUCGCCAGAGACAAACUGGUCAUGAGUUGGAUCAAGGCGACUUCCUCCUCUUCCAUAAAGAUUCUACUCAUCCCGUGUACCACCGCCUAUCAGGCUUGGAAUCUUCUGGGCAAGCGCCUCUCACCCCUUGCAGGUACCCGUGUGCGGAUCCUUCGAGACCAAAUUCGCACCCUCAGGAAGGACAACACCACAACUGUGACUGACUACCUCAACCAUGCCAAAUCACUUCUUGAUUCCCUCAUACAAGCUGGUGCAACAAUGGAUGAUGAUGAAUUCGUUAGCUAUGUUCUAGACGGACUUGGGCUUGAAUACAAGGAGUUAGCCACCACACUCCACUUGCACCCAGAUAUUGGGUUUGACCAGUUUUAUGAUCUCGCUCUCAGAGAAGAACAAUUACAGAAACGCAUGUCGCUCAACGUGGCCUCAGGUGUUGCUAUGGCUGCUGAUCGAAUGCCCAAUGAGCGAAAACCUCAUUCAAACUCCGCUGGUCGCCAUCACAACCCCUGGCAUGGAUCUGGACGAGGACGUGGACGUGGCAAAAAUUGGAUUCAAGGGCACAAUGGGCAAACAGAUCCGUGGAAAUCAACCCAAGGAAAUUGGCCACAAGGACACAACACUCAGCCUCGCGACCAGCAGAUUGCACCAUCUGCCCCUUCUCACGCAACUCUUACAGAUGGACGUCCACCACUCCUUCCAACACCACCUGGCAAUUCUCCAAAUACCCAGCGCUCAGAAGUCAUUUGUUAUCGGUGUGAUAGGCCUGGUCACAUAGCCCGCUUCUGUCCAGAUCGUAAGCCUCAUGCCUACGUGGCUGAAAAUGCUGUCAACCCGUCUCCUUCUACUGAUGAUAUGGCAAACCUCAAUUGGUGUCUUGACUCCGGUGCUACCCAUCACAUGACCGCCCACACCGCUUCUCUACCGCAUGCCCAGCCUUACACAGGUACUGAUACAAUUGUUGUUGGCAAUGGGAAUCAGUUAGCAAUAACACAUAUUGGCAAUACUAAAGUGAUCGGGUUACAUAAGUCCUUAAACCUUAAUGAAGUGCUAUGCGUACCUGCAAUACGAAAGAAUUUGAUCUCUAUUCGUCGUUUUUGUCGUGAUAAUGACUGUUUCUUUGAGUUGGAUGCUAAUGGUUUUAAUGUCAAGGACAUUAAGACGGGGACGGUACUUCUUACUGGCAGUAGUUCUGAUGGGCUUUAUCACAUUCAGGCAACCCCACAUCUUGCUCGUCAACUUGCAUUCUAUGGAGAGCGCACGACACAGGAAGUGUGGCAUGCACGCCUUGGACAUCCAUCUCAUUCAGUUUUUACAACCUUGUUGAAUAAGUACCAUUUACCUGUUAAUGGUACCAUUAUCUCCAAUAAAAAUUGUCAUAUUUGCCCAUUGGGAAAAUCUCGUAGACUGCCUUUUGAAUACAGACAGCUUCAUGCUCAAUCCCCAUUAGCACUUUUACAUCUUGACGUAUGGGGGCCCGCGCCGGUCUCCUCAAAUUUUGGAUACCGUUAUUAUUUGUCCAUUGUUGAUGACCACACUCGGUUCACUUGGCUAUAUCCUUUAGCUAAGAAGUCAGAUGUCUUUCCUACAUUUAUUACCUUCAAAAAGAUGGUGGAAAAUCGGUUUAGUUCUAAAAUCAAGCAGUUGCAGGUUGAUGGUGGGGGUGAAUUUAUCAACAAAUUAUUCCUCACAUUUUUACGUGAUCAUGGCAUAUCGCAUCAAAUUUCUUGUCCCUACACUCCCCAACAAAAUGGAGUGGUGGAAAGGAAGCAUCGCCAUAUUGUUGCAAUGGGUCUCUGUCUGCUAGCCCAAUCGCGAUUGCCUCUUAGUUUUUGGGUUGAAGCCUUUUCCACUGCAGUCUUUCUGAUCAAUCGCUUACCAACACCGCAGCUUGAUAAUCUGUCUCCCUAUGAGAAGCUCCUUCACCGUUCACCAGAUUACAAAUUUCUCAAAAGUUUUGGAUGUACUUGCUUUCCCCACCUGGUGCCAUACAACAAGCAUAAGUUAUCGUUUAAAUCUCUUCCAUGUGUAUUUCUUGGUUAUGACGAUCACUAUAAGGGUUAUCGCUGUCUUGAUCCUUUUUCAGGUCGCAUCUAUACUUCUCGGAAUGUGACCUUUGAUGAAACAACCUUCCCUUACAAGCAGCCCCAGCUUCCAUCCCCCUUGCACUCAAAUGGGCUUCAACCUCUCUCUCUUGCCGACCAGCCCAUAUCUCUUGGGCCCUCUAAUUCUCUGGUCAGCCCUUCUCCCUCAUAUCCCUCAUCUCUUAAUCCCACAGGCCCAUCACUUCCCCAUAUUUCUUCUGACCCUAUCAGCUCCCCCAAUUCCUUCGACACCCCCUUGUUCUCCCCUCUGUCCUCCUCUGUAUCCCCAACGACACUGACCACGAACCCAGCCGAUCCUUCUCUGGUAUCCAGCAUCCCCCCUUCGCCGCCCCUUUCCACAGACCCAUCGCCUUCAAUUUCCCGAGACCUAUCCUUCGACUCUGACAGAACAACCCCACCCCUUACCCCACCUCCCACUUCUUCACCUCUUGACCCAUCGAUUUUCCCUAACUCUCCCGAUACACCCAAUCCUCCACAAAAAUUCAAGAGCCUCCAAACCAUUGUCCCAUUUGGUCCAGAACCCAAACCCCUCUACUCUAAAACCAGCCCCCAUCCCUUACCCCUUGCCCUUUCUGCUGAAGCUUCUGAUCCCAUGUCCCUUGAACCUACCAGCUUUACCCAUGCUUCCAAACACAGCCACUGGCGUGAUGCUAUGCACGAUGAAUAUGCUGCACUCAUGAAGAAUCAGACCUGGUCCUUAGUUCCUGCCACCUCCCGCAUGAAUAUUGUGGGGUGCAAGUGGGUCUUCAAAGUUAAACGGAGGGCAGAUGACUCAAUUGACAGAUACAAGGCUCGUCUUGUUGCCAAGGGUUUCAAUCAGAAGGAAGGCUUUGAUUAUGCGGAAACUUUUAGCCCGGUGGUCAAACCGGCUACCAUUCGCACUAUAUUGUCUCUGGCACUUUCCUACAAUUGGCCUCUUCAGCAAUUGGAUGUUCGUAAUGCCUUCUUGAAUGGGUACUUGCAAGAGGAGGUCUACAUGAAACAACCCCCUGGUUUUCAUGAUCCCUCUCACCCUCAGUAUGUUUGUCGGCUCCACAAGGCUCUGUACGGCCUUAAGCAGGCACCUCGAGCUUGGUUCCAACGUCUUAGUGCCUUUCUCCUUGCCCAGCACUUUGUUCACAGUCACUCUGAUGCAUCGCUCUUUAUUCGUCGCUCCUCUUCCUGCACAGUGUAUGUUCUAGUGUAUGUGGAUGACAUCAUUGUUACUGGCUCUCCCUCACCAAGUGUCGACCACUUCAUUGAUCAACUAUGUUCAACUUUUGACAGCCGCCGUAUGGGUGAGCUCAACUUCUUCCUUGGCAUGGAAAUUAAUCGGUUUUCUGACCAUUUAUUUCUCUCUCAGACUCGCUAUGCAGUGGAUUUAUUGACCCGGUUUCAUUUGACUGAAUGCAAACCAUCUCCUACCCCUUUGCCCUCUAACACUCGGCUCUCUUGUCUGGAUGGUGAUCCUUUGCCUGAUCCAUCCACCUAUCGGAGUAUGGUGGGUGGCCUCCAGUAUCUUACCUUGUCCAGACCUGAUAUUUCCUUCGCUGUCAACCAGGUGUGCCAGUUUAUGCACAACCCUCGAACCUCUCAUCUUCAAAUUGUCAAGCGCAUUUUUCGGUACAUUAAAGGUACACUUGAGCAAGGUCUUAUCUUCCAUAAGUCCAAUGAUUUUUCCUUACGGAGUUUCUCUGACGCUGAUUGGGCUGGUUCUGUUGAUGAUCGCCAGUCUACUACUGGUGCUUGUGUUUUCCUUGGCCCCAAUCUUCUCACAUGGACUGCCAAGAAACAGUCUACUGUUUCUCGCUCUAGUACUGAAGCUGAAUAUAGAGCUCUUGCACAUACUGCAGCCGAACUUCGCUGGUUUGGUUACUUGUUUCGUGAACUGGGCAUUCCCCUUCGCUCUGCCCCCUGCAUCUAUGUUGACAAUCUCUCUGCUCUCUAUAUGGCUGCCAACCCUAUUUUUCAUGCUCGCACCCGGCAUAUCGAGAUCGACUACCACUUUGUUCGUGAAUUAGUUGCUCGAAAGGCUCUUCGUACCUCCUAUGUUCCUUCCUCUCAUCAGCUUGCUGACAUAUUUACUAAAGGUCUGGGUCGUAAUCGGUUUUCCCUUCUCAAAUCCAAGCUUAAUCUCCGCGUUGCUCCGCUACGCUUGAGGGAGGGUAAAGAGAAUAUCACUCCGGUUCAUCCCAGGGAAUCAGUUGAUUUCCCCAAAUCAGACUUGACAGAUUCUUCCCCCCAAGAUCAACGACAUAUUAGCUAG